UGGAGGAAGAAAAUGGCUCACGCUGUGGACCUAUUUGACUGCUCCGUAUGUUUGGGAUUAUUGGAGGAUCCAGUGACUACUACUUGUGGACACAGCUACUGUAUGAAAUGUAUCAAUACUUUCUGGGAUACAAAACAUGACAGUAAAGAAACUUACAGCUGCCCUCAGUGCAGGCAGACUUUUAACAGAAGGCCUGUUUUGAAGAGGAACACCAUUCUGGCUAACUUGUUAGAGGAACAUAAGAAAACAACCAGACAAGGAGCUGCUCCUACCGUAGCUUCUGAUGAUAACAUCUAUGCUGCACCUGGGGAUGUGCAGUGCGACCUUUGCACAGGGAGGAAACGCAAAGCUCACAUGUUUUGUCAGGUGUGUUUAGCCUCUUACUGUGAGGCUCACCUGGAACCUCAUUUUCAGGUGCCACCGCUACAAAAGCACAAACUAGUAAAAGCUUCUACGAGGAUCAAAGAAAGCAUCUGCAGUCGUCAUGACAAACUUCAGGAGCUUUACUGCCGCACCGAUCGGCAGUUCCUGUGCCUCAUGUGUGCGGUGGAUGAACACAAAGGCCAUAACACUAUAUCCGUCACAGAAGAAAAGCAAGAGAUGCAGAGGCACCUGGAAAAGACCAAAUGGGUAAUCACAGACAGAGUGCUGGCUUCAGAGGCCAAAAUGGAAAAGCUGAUGGAAGCUGCAGGCUCUAUAAGAGACGCUGCCUGGGAGGUGUGUGAUGACUUUGAGCGGGUCUGUGAGGAACGUAUCCUGCUGUACACCCACUUCCUGAGGAAGAAGUGCUCUGAGAUGAGAGAGAAAGUUGGAGAGGCUGAGAAAGCUGGAGUAGACUGGACCGAACACCACCUCGGGCAGCUGAAGCGUGAAGUGUCUGAGUUAAGGAGGAGAGAGAGUAAAAUCUGUCAGCUUUCACAAACAGAGGAUCCCAUUCAGUUUCUUCAGGGCUUCCAAACCCUGGGUGACCUCCCUGUGCUCACAGACUCACACAGAGAGCUUGACAACUUGACAAAGUUCGUCACUGCACAAAAGAAUAAAAUGAAAAAGAUGAGCGACGAAGAAAAAAGGGAUCUGACGGAUUAUUCUGGAAAAAUCAUCAUGUCAAGAAGGACAAGGCCGCAGGAGGGACGGACAAGGACAGAACUUGUGAUGAAAUAUAAGAACUCCAAAAUCGAGGUGGAUCCUGACACUGUAGCAGCUUGUCUUUACCUCUCUGAUACAAAGAAAGAGAUAUCAUGGUGUGACAAGGACCAGGCUCAUCCAGAUCACCCUGACAGAUUCACAUACUUUUACCAGGCUUUGUGUAAAAAGGGCCUCAGAGGAAACCACUACUGGGAGGUGGAGUGGGAUGGUGGCAUAGUUGAGGUGGCUGUGUCGUACAGAGGGAUAGAUAGAAAGGGUUCAGGGAAAGAUUGCUGUUUUGGCCACAAUGCUCUGUCCUGGAAAUUAAUCUGCUCUCCUUCUGGUUGCACAUUCUGGCACAAUAAUCUUCACAAAGGUCAAAUUCCUCCGGCUGUCUCCCACAAAGUAGGGGUACACCUUAAUUAUGAAGAGGGAACGCUGGCUUUUUACAGCGUAUCUGGAGUUGAAAGUUUGACACUGCUGCACCAAAUCCAGACAACCUUCACCGAGCCCCUCUAUCCCGGGUUUUCUGUGGAUCUUGGUGCAACACUGAAAAUAAGCAACAUCUAGCUGGCACGGCUGGCAGCCUUAAGCCAA